AUGGCGAAAACCUUACCAACACCGAAGCCUUCCCAUCCAGGAGCAUGGAAGGAGAUGCAGACUGGAUUCAUCACUGCAGUUGGGGCGAGUUCUCUCCUCCUGCAGAUUCUCUUUCUGGGCAACAUGUGCUAUCUGUACGCUACACAGUUUCACGACUCGUCCAGGGUUCACAACAUGAAAAUGCUCUAUGUCGAUUACGAUGGCGGUGUGGUCGGUCAAUCUAUCACAGAGGCCUACCAGUUGUUGAAGGGCAACGACUUCCCGACUCUGUACACAAAGUCCAUCGGCAGUUAUUCUACGCCUCAGGACGUAAGGGGCGCUGUAUGCAGUGGCGAUUACUGGGGCGCUAUAUACUCAUCUCCUGAUGCGUCAACCAACCUUGCUGCAUCACUCGCUAAUGGCACCGCAUCGAAUGGCUCUGCUCUCACUUACAUUUGGAAUGGAGCACGGUAUCCAGCCUUUGCUCAAAGUGAGAUCUAUUCGAACCUCUUGGUUAUGGUUGAAGCUGCCCGUUCAAGCUACUACACUAGUAGCGCAUCAAGGGUAGUUGCCUCCGCCAACCUAUCGAAUCCUGUCGCACUUGAAACUUUCCUCGACCCUAUUCAAGCCACAGAAAUCAACAUUAAAGAAACAACCCAAGGCACGAGAGUUCUUUACAACACCGUGUCCCUCGUUAUGCCGAUCAUCCAGCAAUUCUUCUUCAUGAUGGCUUUGAAUGGAAUCUCUGCACAAUUUCAACUGUUCACGAAACUAAGCCCUAAGUCCAAUGGUCUCAUUCGUAUGGUUACGUCCAUCAUUUACACCUUCAUUGGAUCAUUAUGCAUGGCUGGCUAUAUCUGGGCGUAUAAGGAGUCAUGGGAUGUCAACAGCAAUCAGUUCGCUCUUACCUGGAUGAUCACCUGGCUUUUUAUGCAUAUCAACUUUCUGAUCGUCGAUUCUCUCACUGCCUUUAUACCGAUGCAGUUCUUGCCUUUCUGCAUCCUUACCUGGGUCAUUAUGAAUGUUGCCAGUUCCAUCAGUCCGUUUGAGUUAAGCCCUGGGUUCUUCCGCUGGGGAUAUGCACUUCCGGCUCAUGAGGUGUACCAAGUGCUAGUCCAGAUCUGGAGUGAUGGAUGUCAAGACCAGUCGUAUCGGGCGCUUCCGAUUCUCUUUUCCUGGUGGAUUGUUGCACUUGUGGUAACUAUUUACGCUACUUACAGUCGGUGUCACGCGGCCAUUAAAGCACAUAAUGCGCUGGAGGGACUUGAGACUAAGAAGGAUGAUUCUCUGAAAUCAUCUUCUAGUACCGAUGAUAUACUGGCGCGGCGGAGACGUGACACAAUUGAGUCCAUUCGUCUCGAGAACAUGUCCUACGGACCUAGUUAUCCCACGCCAGGUGUGCGUGCUCCGGAGGUAUAG